GGCACCAGUCAGAAAUGAAAACAAACGGGGAUGGAACAAAGAGAAUUUAGUAAUAAAAUAGAGGAUUUUAAACAAUUUUUGACUGAAUUUUGUGAAGAAUUUAAAGAAAAAUGUGAAUCAGAUGAUUCUGUUCCGCUGCGGUGGACCAAUCCGCGAAUUACACCGCAAGAAUUGGAGGGAGAAUGCUUGGAAUGGUGUCGUGACUUCCUGUCAACAAGAGGAUGUCCAAUAGGUUUCUCAGCUUUGAUUGCACAUGAGGUAUAUGAACGUGUGGCCAGUGAGAGCCUGGAAAAUUUCUAUAUAGAGGAUGAUAAAAAUGAAGUUGAGAGAAUAGAUGCAAAUCAAGGUGAAAAUGGGGAGGAAAUAGACAAUAAAGACACAGAUGAUGAAAAAACAGAAUACUGUGCCGAGAAACUGCAUGAUCAUGUUAUCAGUAUAUUAGAGACCGUUUGUCGGAAAUGGCAGGCAGACUUUCCAGAGAUUCAGAUAGAUGGCAAAUUACCCGUUGUAUCCUUCUGUUGCAUCAAAAAUACUCGGAGAAAGAUGGAAGACAAACAUGUGAUUAUUCCAGACCUGAAUGCUCUCUUCGGUUUAAAGGGUCACCCUCCUCAGAGUUUCUACGGUGUGUUUGAUGGUCAUGCUGGUAUAGAGGCCGCUCUUUUUGCAGCCAAACAUAUACACGGUAACCUUGUACACCACUGUGACCUUGACAAGGAUCCCGUAGAGGCCUGUAAAGCUAGUUUUAAAGUUACAGAUGAACAAUACAUUCCAAAAGCAAAAAAAGUGAAAUGGCGGAGUGGUUGUACAGCAGUUACAGCCCUUGUUAGAGGCAACAAAUUAUACCUCAGUUGGCUUGGAGACUCACAGGCUUCUUUAGUAAAAAAUGGCAAAGUAGUUACCAGGAUGGAGCCGCAUAAACCAGACAGACAGGAUGAACGAGAUAGGAUUGAGGGUCUAGGUGGACUUGUGGUGUUGAUGGGAGAUUUAUGGCGGGUCGGAGGAAACCUUGCAGUAUCAAGAGCUAUAGGUGAUGUUGGAUAUAAACCUUUCAUCUCGAGUGAUGCAGAAGUCCUGGAAAUUGAGCUUGACGGGACAGAAGAGUACAUGGUUUUAGCGUGUGAUGGAUUAUGGGAUGUUGUUACGGAGGAAGAACUUCCGCAACUUGUCUUUAACUUCCUUCUCGAGAGCAAUAACGAUAGACACGGGGUAGCUAAGUACUUAGUGCAGUAUGCCAAAGAUAGAGAGUCAAUGGACAAUAUAUCAGUGAUAGUAGUAUUCUUCAGGGACACUGUUACCGAGCCAGUCGCCGAUGCUGGUUUCUUUAACUUUCUGGCUGGUGAUUCUCAGGGGUCUAACGGAUCAGGGGGAAACAGUGAUAGUAAUUCAGGGGGAGAUAAUUCUAAUGCCAGUAACAGAAGGGGAGGAAACUCUAAUGGACUACAACAACAAAGGGACUUAUCUGGUGGGAAUAUAAGCGGCCAGCAGAGGUUGUUUGUUUUUUCACCAGAAGACGAGGAAGGAUGGAACGGACAGUUUGAUACCUCAGGAAACAAUGUUGCCGAGGAAGAUAGCGAAUCUAGUGAUACGCAUGACAACGAAGCAUAUCAUAAAGAUAUUAGCGGCCUUAGACCAUUGAACCUCACCAAUCCAGAGAUUAUGGUAGAUAUUAGUACGGACGGUGUGUGGGAUAGGGAUAAUAAUGCUCAAAGUAAACAACGUAGUGGAGAUGUGUUUACAGAAACAGUAGAACAUAAAGAUACAAAUCAGGUAAAAUCUCCGUAUAAAGAAGAAGACUUGGAUUCUUACGGUGUAUUUAAUACAAGACUUGUUGAUGGACCAAUUGAUCUGUCGAUAAUAGAUGACCAAAACUCCUCUUACUUGCUCAAGGAUAUUGCAGAUUCGGUGUACAAUAACACAACAGGUAGGAAACUUGAGAAUAGUUACCAGGGUAAAAAUAAUGAGAACUAUAUUAAGUUACCAGAACUCCAUCAUGGUGAACAAGAACUAUCUGCACGCCAUAAUCGGAAAAAAGUUAAAAAAGUAAAGUCUGAAGGUGUAAGAACAAGGAGAGAUCCUAGAAAGAAAGGUCAAGCUAGUUCGCCUGUCUGCUGGGCAUUUACUGGAAAGAAUCAGGCCAGUGUACAAAAUCACCGUCUAAAUAUGGCAGCAAAGGCAAACAAGGGAAGCCACCCCACGCCAGGGGAGUUAAAUCUUGCUAACAAAGCACCACCAAGACUUGCCGACAAAUCUACACACAAAUUUGCUCAAGUUUAUUCAUCAACUGAAAAUGUGCAUGAAAUCGCUAACAUGACUCUGUCACAUGGUAAGCUGGAAAGUUUGCCACCUCCACGACCAAAAAUUUCUUCCAACAGUUUGUCAAAUUUGUCAGGUUUCACAGUGUUUGGUAGCAAGGCUAGUUUACAAACGGAGUCGCAGAAGUUCCAGACAACUCUGCGUACAAGAAAGCCAUUAAAACCAAUUACAAGUGUUGUAUAUGAAACACCACCAACACCAUUUGUUAGCAAUAAGUUGCACUGGGCCAGGCAACAUUAGUUUGUUUAUUGAUUAAGUAUAUCCGAAUGUGAUACUAUCCAGAUAAUGUUACGUUUAUAUACCAUAAAUGUAGGAUAAAAAUUCUCCCAGAUUUGUACAUUUUUAGCUCGACUAUUCAAAGAAUAGUCUAGCUGUUCUACUCAUCCUGGCGUCGGUGUCUGUGUCGGCAUCACACCUUGGUUAAAGUUUUGCAUGCAAGUACAUAUGGCUAUCAUUUAAAGGCACAUAACUUUGAAACUUAUAUUUUCUUUUUCUAGGUCAAUUACCAACCUCACUGGGUCAAGUGCCAUAAUUCUGACAUGUAUUUUGGGCAAAUUAUGCCCUCUUUUUGGACUUAGAAAAUUCUGGUUAAAGUUUUACAUGCAAAUUACUAUCUGCAAAACUAAUGCAGAUAUUGAAUUGAAACUUCACAUGUGCCUUCGGGGUUAUAAAACUAGUGGAUUGCAUCAAGUCCCAUAACUCUGACAUGUAUUUUGGUAAAUUAUGCCCCCUUUUGGACUUCUGGUUAAAGUUUUGCAUGCAAGUUACUAUCUCCAAAACUAAUGCAGAUACUGGAUUGAAACUCUUUAGAUAUUUUAACAUUAGUGUAAUAUUCCUGCUUCUGGGACAACAAUUCGAAUAGUCGAGCACUGGCUGUCUUACGGACAGCUCUUGUUAUCGUCAAUGCUUAUAUUGCAUAUACUAUCCAAAUUGCUGUUUUCUGUGCAAAGUUAGUUAACUCAGAUUGAAGACAUUUGAAUAUAGAAAUGUCAUCCAGUUCCUAUGUUUUAAGUGAAGUUGUUUAAGUGAAGUUGUUAGUUUAUUAGGGUAAAAAUCAGAAAGAGUGGUAGGUCAGGUGACUAUCAGUACAUACUGAUGGUGCCGAAAACGGAGAUCAAUCCAUAUAUUUAUUAACUUGAUUAUUUGUUUCUGAAAUUGGGUCAUUAAGAGGUUGAUAAACAUCUGCAGUGUGCCUUCUGAUCCUAAUACCACAUCUAGUGCAAUAACGGCUUGAAGGCUUUAUCCCACAAGCUGUUGUGAAACAAGGUGUUCCAUUUGUGGCUAAAAGGUGCACCUCAAUCGUUUAUUGACCUUUUUAGUAUGUUGCUAUAUUACGUGUACGUCGGAACACGCUGACGUUUGUAAUUUUAAAUUAAAUUUGUUACUAUAUAUCGUUUAAUGUAUACUAAGUAUAGGUUAUAUAUUCAUGACUGAAAUGUUAUUAAGCAUAAUCUAUUGUCCAUAAUAUAUUAUUUACAGAGUACAAUUACAUGUUUUUAAUCUGAUAGGAAGUUUCAACAUAGUUAAAGAGAUAAAAUUGGACAACUAAUCCAGUGUAGAAACAGCCGAAAAGUUUACAUUCGUUACAUCUCAACUUACUUGUAAUUUUCUGUUUUGAGAGUUCAGAAAAUCCCUCUGUUUUGAUUCUAGAAAGCUUUAAAACAAAAAUUUAGUGUGUGCCAUGAAAUACCUGUGAUUAUUUUAAAUGUUUGUGUUAAGAUGCUUUUUGAUUCAAUGGAUAUCUGUUCUUUGGUAUUUAAGAAAUUUCCUAGGUAGGUACCUACGAGCGUAUGUUAAAUAUACACGAACGUUGUUUUUAGCUCACCUGUCACAAAGUGACAAGGUGAGCUUUUGUGAUCGCGCGGCAUCCGUCGUCCGUCCGUCCGUGCGUGCGUGCGUGCGUCCGUAAACUUUUGCUUGUGACCACUCUAGAGGUCACAUUUUUCAUGGGAUCUUUAUGAAAAUUGGUCAGAAUGUUCACCUUGAUGAUAUCUAGGUCAGGUUCGAAACUGGGUCAUGUGCCAUCAAAAACUAGGUCAGUAGGUCUAAAAAUAGAAAAACCUUGUGACCUCUCUAGAGGCCAUAUAUUUCACAAGAUCUUCAUGAAAAUUGGUCAGAAUGUUCACCUUAAUGAUAUCUAGGUCAAGUUCGUAACCGGGUCACGUGGGGUCAAAAACUAGGUCAGUAGAUCUAAAAAUAGAAAGACCUUGUGACCUCUCUAGAGGCCAUAUUUUUCAUAAGAUCUUCAUGAGUAUUGGUCAGAAUGUUCACCUUGAUGAUAUCUAGGUCAAGUUUGAUACUGGGUCAUGUUGGAUCAAAAACUAGAUCAGUAGGUCUAAAAAUAGAAAAACCUUGUGACCUCUCUAGAGGCCAUAUUUUUCAAUGGAUCUUCAGGAAAAUUGGUCAGAAUGUUUACCUUGAUGAUAUCUAGAUCAGGUUCGAAACUGGGUCACGUGGGGUUAAAAACUAGGUCAGUAGAUCUAAAAAUAGAAACACCUUGUGACCUCUCUAGAGGCCAUAUUUUUCAUGAGAUCUUCAUGAAUAUUGGUCAGAAUGUUUACCUUGAUGAUAUCUAGGUCAGGUUCGAAACUGGGUCACGUGGGGUCAAAAACUAGGUCAGUAGGUCUAAAAAUAGAAAAACCUUGUGACCUCUCUAGAGGCCAUAUUUCUCAAUGGAUCUUCAUGAAAACUGGUGAGAAUGUUCAGCUUGAUGAUAUCUAGGUCAGGUUCGUAACUGGGUCAUGUGCGGUCAAAAAAUAGGUCAGUAGGUUGGAAAAUAGAAAAACCUUGUGACCUCUCUAGAGGCCAUAUUUUUCACGAGAUCUUCAUGAAAAUUGGUGAGAAUGUUCACCUUGAUGAUAUCUAGGUCAAGUUUAAAAGUGGGUCACGUGCCUUCAAAAACUAGGUCAUUAGGUCAAAUAAUAGAAAAAGCUUGUGACCUCUCUAGAGGCCAUAUUUUUCAAUGGAUCUUCAUGAAAAUUGGUCAGAAUUUUUUAUCUUGAUGAUAUCUAGGUCACAUGUGCUCAAAAACUAGGUCACUUUGUCAAAUAAUAGAAAUAACGACGUCAUACUCAGUUCAACACUGGGUCAUGUGGGGAUAGGUGAGCGAUUCAGGACCAUCAUGGUCCUCUUGUUUAAUAAUGUUUGACUUAAUGUAAAGUUUGAGAAAGUGUUCCGUGAUUUUGAAUAUUCCAGAACCAGGCAAAAUAUUUUUGUCAGGGCUUAACUUACAGCAGUUGGCUAGACAGUGUAAAAUGCUUUUGUAAGUUUCUGAGUAAAGUUAAAGGCUUUCAUAAUGAAAGAUAAUAGUCGUAAGGACACAAUGUAGCUCACUUGUAGAAGGUUAACAGUUAUCCAGUCAGUUAACCUUUAGCCUGCUAAAUUUCUAAAUGGACUGGUCCAUCAUUCAAUUUGAGCAGUACCAUUUAUUAUUCAAAGGGGUUUUCACUGAAAAUUUACUGACUGAAUAGCAAACAGCGCAGACCAUGAUCAGCCUGCACAUCUUGAUCUGCGCUGGUCGCAAAGGCAGAAUCACUUGCCGACAGCAGGCUAAAGGUUAAGACGUGAGGUACAGGGAUACAUCUUGCCGGUUAUUUAUUUAACAUAGGCUGAAAAUUUUUGAUACAUGGAAAAUGUUCCAUUCUUAGAACUGUAAUUAGUAACUUAUACGAGUUUCACCUCAUUUUUUAAGCAGAGUAAUAAAAUAUCAGCCUCUUGCUGUUUUUGAAUCACUUUGGCCAGUAAAUGUAACAUAUACAUGUAGUUUUGUUUAAACAAAUAGACAUGUUACUAUGUUUAUUAAAAGAUAUGCUGAAUCUGCUAGCAAGUAGACGUUACUUAGAUAUUUUUUUUGUGCAAGCCGAAAUUCUUUUUGUGUGGGGGGAGGGGACACUUAGAUUUGAGAUUUGAAUCAAAGUUAUUUCUGUAUCAAGUAUGGAAUACAUGGUAUCCAAUACAGAAACAUAUUGAAAUAUGGCACAAAUGUGAAUUGAUGAUUUGAGGGGAAAAAUAAAAAUUUAGUUUAGAAUUAGAUAUUUAUAUAGUGCUGUGUGCUUUAUGUAUUUGUACUUUUUUAUUUGCAUGCUUUUAAUGUUUAUUUUAUUUAUUGUUAUCUCAGUAACUAACUUUCAGAGUGAUUGGUCUCUUUUGAAAACCUUGACUUUUAAUUCUAGACUAUUCUUAUGUUAUUGAUUUUAUAGGCCAAGUGUAAAUUAUUUUGUUAGUUUUAAGUUUGCAUGUCCAUAUAUUUUAAUUAUGACAUGUUUGUAUUUGUAAUGGACCCCUUUAAUGGAGAGGUGGUAUAUUUUUUUGCUCGUGCCACUCAUAAGAACCAUUUGGUUUCCAUUUAGUAACUGCGGCAUUCAUUGGACAUAUAUGUUGCACAAUGUGUACUUUAAAUCUUCCAUAAAAAAUGGGAGAUUGUCGAAAUCGCACACUGAUAAUCUGUAAUUUUGCUGUGUUUGCCAUUACUGGUCCACUUCCUUAUAAUAGAAUAUAAAUCAGCGCCAGUAUUCACCACAGCUGUAAGUCAGAGCUUAAGGUCAAUAAUUUAGACUAAGUGUUGUUAUAUUUUCUGGUCCUUUUGUUUGGAUUAUGGAGUUCAUUCAAUACAUGUGUAAUAGAGUUCCACUUAAGCCAGUGCUAGCGGACAUGAGGGGUUACCUGUCAUGAACAGACUCAGUCAAACAGAGUCUGCUAUUAUUCUGCUUGGUUGCAUUCUAUGCUUCCAAAGGAUCCUGCAGAAUUGAUUAAUUCUUGAAAAAUGCUGAAUUAUUUCGUUUGCUAUGUAAUUGUUGAAUUGGCACAAAGUAUGAAAUUUUGCAUGCCCGUACAUUAUCCAGCUACAUGAAGUUUUAGUGGUAUUAAUUUAUUAUAAAACAAAAGUCAAGUCAGGCAGAAUUAACUGAGUUUUUUUUUUCAACAAUCAGAAGCCAUGAUCUUAUUUUUAGACUAGAGGUAAUGAGCAAUGACCCUGAUUAUCAGAAAAUUUAAAUUAUGAUGAUGACAUAAUUGAAGUUAUGAUGGUAUUUGAAGUUAUGUCAUAAGUUAUGUCAAAAAUAUUUUGCCUAUUUUGGAUUAUGGUAUCCGAUCCACAAAUAAGCAAGUUCUGUAUAACUGUGCUAUUGAAAUAUAUCAGAUAUGGUAAACUCCUAUAAUUUUGGUAUCAUUUGAAAGUGUAUUGUCUACCGAAAAAGAAAAAAAUAUAAAUUACAUUAAAAAAAUAUGUUACAAAAUUUUCAUUUUUUUACUUGAUUGUUUUCAGUGAUAUUUCAACAGAAAUCCAGUUAUUACAGGGUAAAAUUUAUCAUUUUGCAGUCAAAAACAUGACUGUAAGGAUUCAUGUAUAUUAUUUAUGGUCAUCUUAUUUACUAAUUCUUGUUCAGCAGAUACAUCUCUUUCAAAAGAUACCAAAAUAACAUGGGGUCACCAGGCAUCAAAAAUGUUACCUAUUUGUGGAUCGGAUACCUUAAGUUUAAUAAAGUGUUGGUCCAUUUUGGUGUUCAUUUGAUUUGUACAGGAAUGUUGUUAAAGUCUUAAAAUUGUUCUUAAAUAAAUUUUGUUUUGUUUAUGUUAAUCUAUUAAAAGAUCUUCAUAUGCCAACAUUAAGUUAACUUAAUAAAUAAGUGCUCUCUUGUUAAUACUUAGAACUUUAUGUACCAAGGCCCUUUAUCCAGAAUAUAUUCCAUAUAAAUUGCCAGUAUAAUUCAUGCCAGAUUUUUGUUUUAUCGUAGUUCUUCUUAACCAUCUAUGUCUGGUUAAUGUACAUGUUAAAAAGUACAUAAUUUUGCCAUAUUUGAAAGGUAGAGUUGUCUCCCUUCCCUUGGUAAACUUUGAAAAAAGGCAUGAAGUGAGGUGUUUAGUUCAAUAUAUAUUGUUAACUCAUCUGAUUUUUUAAAAAAAAAUGAUGAGUUAUUGUCAUCACUUGAUCGGCGUCGGCGUUGCCUGGUUAAGUUUUAUGUUUAGGUCAGCUUUUCUCCUAAACUAUCAAAGUUAUUGCUUUGAAACUUGCAAUAGUUGUUCACCAUCAAUAGCUGACCCUGUACAGCAAGAAACAUAACUCCAUCUUGCUUUUUGCAAGAAUUAUGGCCCCUUUUGGACUUAGAAAAAAUCAGAUUUCUUGGUUAAGUUUUAUGUUUAGGUCAGCUUUUCUCAUAAACUAUCAAAGCUAUUGCUUUGAAACUUGCAAUAGUUGUUCACCAUCAUAAGCUGACUCUGUACAUCAAGAAAUAUAACUCCAUCCUGCUUUUUGCAAGAAUUAUGGUCCUUUUUGGACUUAGAAAAUCAUGGGUAGGACAAUUUUUCUAUUAUACAAAAAAAUCAGAUGAGCAUCAGCACCCGCACGGCGGUGCUCUUGUUAACUAUUGUAAUAUUGUAUUAUGUGCUAGUCUUCUUUCUACUAGUCUUUUGUUGUGUUUUUUUUUAUUUCGAGGACUAUCCAUUACUCUUUUUCUGAUGUAAUCAGAGCAAAAAUCUUAGAGUGUAUUUCUAAACAAUUCACAUCAUAGUAAUAAAUUGGGUGUACAUUAACUUACUACCCAAAUUAAAAGAAUUAAUGAAAAUGAUAUGAACAUGUAUGUUCAAGUGAUGCACAUACCAUUAUGCAUUUGUAAGCACAGGCUAUGUGCUAUAAAGUAUAAGUUAAAAGUUCGAGGCGAAAAUGACACUAAGUUUGUAGUAAUACACAUUUUAACAGGUUAAAAGUUUAAGGAUAUACAGCUAGUGUCCAUCAUGGUGAUAGAUGUGAGUGGUGUAAGUUAUUGAUAUGAGCCAUGCCAUGGGAAAACCAACAUAGUGGGUUUGCGAUUAGCAUGGAUCCAGACCAGCCUGCGCAUCCGCGCAGUCUGGUCAGGAUCCAUGCUGUUCGCUUUUAAAGCCUACUGCAAUUAGAGAAACCGUUAGUGACCAGCAUGGAUCCUGACCAGACUGCGCGGAUGCGCAGGCUGGUCUGGAUCCAUGCUGGUCGCAAAUCCACUAUGUUGGUUUUCCCAUGGCACGGCUCAAUUAUGUGUGCUGUAUGUUGUGCUAGAUGUUGGAAAUUCUUAACAUGGGUAACUUCAUUUUCACAGGCGAGAUUAUACAUGGUAAAGGAGGUGUUUAUAAUAAUAUUGUAUUAGUAUAUUACAUAAUAAGUUUUGAUAGAAGUAAUCUUAUAUAUGUUAUUGUAUGUAUAUAAGUGUUUUGUAAUUUUUAUUUAACAGAAAUUGUAGUCUUGGAUUAAAUGUAAAAUUGAAAUGGCAUGUAAACAGUGGCUAAGUGUUUAUGUAAGUAUUUUUUUAAUAGUACAUAAAACGUGAUGGCAUUUCCACAGAAAAACUCGUAUACAUGUGAAGAGUGUUUGAAGUGAUAUGCUCUCUCCUGUAUGUCUUUGCACGCACAGCAAGUUUCUCUGAAUGGAUAUUUUUACUUUGAUACUUUGUUAAAUACGAAGGUCAUCCGAAAUCUGUUUCACAUGUUACGUAUGCAAUCCAGAUAUUUGUGAGUAUUCCUGACAACUGUUUGAAGUAUAAUCACAGGUGUGUGUGUUGUACAGUGUCUAUCCUACUAAUCUCUUAGUGCUAUACAUACAUACACUACACAUCUGAACUUGUAUUUUUGAGUAUAUGCUGAUGGAAUGGGGUAUAGGUGUUGGGGUGGGGAGGGGGGCGAGUGUUAUGCUUACAUUAGACAUCCAAAAGUGUACUUUUUAUUACACCCUGGUGGGAUGAGGGUGGGUUAUGCAUACAUUAGACGUCCAAAAGUGUAUUUUUAGUACACCCUGGUGGGAUGAGGGUGGUUAUGCAUACUUUAGACAUCCAAAAGUGUAUUUUUAGUACACCCUGGUGGGAUGAGGGUGGUUUAUGCGUACAUUAGACGUCCAAAAGUGUAUUUUUAGCUCGACUAUUCGAAGAAUAGUCUAGCUAUUCUACUCACCCUGGCGUCGGCGUCGGCGUCACACCUUGGUUAAGUUUUUGCAUGCAAGUACAUACAGCUAUCAUUUAAAGGCAUAUAGCUUUGAAACUUAUUUUUUCUUUUUCUAGGUCAAUUACCAACCUCACUGGGUCAAGUUCCAUAACUCUAACAUGUAUUUUGAGCAAAUUAUGCCCCCUUUUGGACUUAGAAAAUUCUGGUUAAAGUUUUACAUGCAAGUUACUAUCUCCAAAACUAAUGCAGAUAUUGAAUUGAAACUUCACAUGUGUCUUCGGGGUUAUAAAACUAGUUGAUAGCACCAAGUCCCAUAACUCUGACCUUCCUUUUGGCCAAAUUAUGCCCCCUUUUGUACUUAGAAAAUUUUGGUUAAAGUUUUGCGUGCAAGUACAUACAGCUAUUACUAAAAGGCAUAUAGAUUUGAAACUUAUUUUUUCUUUUUCUAGAUCAAUUACCUACCUCACUGGGUCAAGUCCCAUAACUCUGACAUGUAUUUUGGCCAAAUUAUGCCCCCUUUUGGACUUAGAAAAUUCUGGUUAAAGUUUUGCAUGCAAGUACAUACAGCUAUUACUAAAAGGCAUAUUGAUUUGAAACUUAUUUUUUCUUUUUCUAGAUCAAUUACCUACCUCACUGGGUCAAGUCCCAUAACUCUGACAUGUAUUUUGAGCAAAUUAUGCCCCCUUUUGGACUUAGAAAAUCCUGGUUAAAGUUUUGCGUGCAAGUACAUACAGCUAUUACUAAAAGGCAUAUUGAUUUGAAACUUAUUUUUUCUUUUUCUAGAUCAAUUACCUACCUCACUGGGUCAAGUCCCAUAACUCUGACAUGUAUUUUGAGCAAAUUAUGCCCCCUUUUGGAUUUAGAAAAUUCUGGUUAAAGUUUUACAUGCAAGUUACUAUCUCCAAAACUAAUGCAGAUAUUAAAUUGAAACUUCACAUGUGUCUUCGGGGUUAUAAAACUAGUUGAUAGAAUCAAGUCCCAUAACUCUGACAUGUAUUUUGGGCAAAUUAUGCCCCUUUUUGGACUUAGAAAAUCCUGGUUAAAGUUUUGCGUGCAAGUACAUACAGCUAUUACCAAAAGGCAUAUAGCUUUGAAACUUAUUUAUUCUUUUUCUAGGUCAGUUACCAACCUCACUGGGUCAAGUUCCAUAACUCUUAACAUGUAUUUUGAGCAAAUUAUGCCCCCUUUUGGACUUAGAAAAUUCUGGUUAAAGUUUUACAUGCAAGUUACUAUCUCCAAAACUAAUGCAGAUAUGGAAUUGAAACUUAACAUGUUUCUUCGGGGUUAUUAAACUAGUUGAUAGCAUCAAGUCCCAUAACUCUGAUAUGCAUUUUGGUCAAAUUAUGUCCCGUUUCGAACUUAAAACUCUUUUGAUAUUUAACAUUUUGGAUAAUAACUUCCUGCUUCUGUGACAAUAUUUCGAAUAGUCGAGCUUGGCUGUCUUACGGACAGCUCUUGUUUAGUACACCCUGGUGGGAUGAGGGUGGUUUAUGCAUACAUUAGACGUCCAAAAGUGUAUUUUUAGCUCACCUGAGUACGAAGUGCUCGAAGAUGAGCUUUUGUGAUCGCCCUCUAUAUAUAACUUACAGAGCAUGUAUGUAUUUACAAAGACUUAUAUCUUGUAGAAUUUGUUGAUUUUACUUAUACUUAAAUUGUUAGUAUAUAUUAGAAUUGAAAUUAACUUAAACUUACAUUAUUUAGUGGAAUUAAUAGAAUUUCAGUGAAAUAAACUAAUAUACUGAUCAUUAAUUUUCAAGCAUUAGCCAUUGUUAUUUGCUGUAAAUAUGCUUCGCAAAAACAGGAUGUCAGCGCUUUACAUCUUAAAACAAUCUAACAAUGUGUUCAAAAACAUUAAAGAUAUACACACAAUAAAAUGGAAAUACAGGAUAACCUGUCAAUGAAGCCACUGAGAAAAUAUGAAAGAUUUUAUUUAAUGGGAAAAAAAGUAUCAGCCAUUGUAGAGAGGUGUUUGCUCUUGAGAGUGUCCCUUAACAGAGGUUUGAACUUAUGGCAGCAGUUACCUCCACUAACAUUGUAUUACUGUAAGGGGAGAUCACUGCACAUAACAUUGACAAAGGUUACAAGUAUCCUGUAUUUUCAUCAGCUUUGAAUUUAGCGCCAGCAUUGACGUGUAGUAAGUAGAGCUUAAGCAAAGUAUUUGCUAAUAUUUUUAGUUGCAUAUGGAGUUAACACGGGUCACAAUUGUUGUACAGAUAUUAAUGCCUUUUCUUUCCAGAUAUACAGUGAAACAUGUGAAAAUGUAACAUGUUUGAAAUUGUUCAGAGGCAACUUGUUUUGUUUUGAUAUAGCUUAAGACUUUUAAAAUGUUUUUAUAAUAUAAAUACUGAAUACUUGCCCGUCAUCGGUGUGGGUUCAAGCCUCACUUGGGGCAUAGAAUUCUUCUUGUGAGGAAGCCAUCCAGCUGGCUUACGGAAGAUUGGUGGUUCUACCAUGGUGCCUGCUUUUAAUGAAAUAAUGCACAGUUUAGAUAGACUGAUACACACUUUAAUGUAUUGCAGGACUGUUUCAUAAUUUUUGAUAUAAAGAUAGGUAUUUUAGUUGGUUGUUUUGAAGGGUGUAAGCUCUUUUUAAUGGCAUUACACGUUUAGGAAAGAUUGAACAAGGUUUCAGUGAAAGUUUAAUUAACAUGAGUUGAGUAUAGUCUGUUUCAAAUGAGACAGCUAAACAUUGAAUUGGACUAGAGUUUUGCGCAUGUAGGGUGAGUUUCACUGUAUUGGUCUUAGAUAUAAUAUAUCGUAUUUAAUCAUUUAUCAAUGAAGAAACCUGUCAUUUCUACUCAAAAUACACACUAAUCACUGUGUUAAGAUUCCUAUACUUUUGUUAAUAAAAUGACAAUCUUA